CUCGGAUCAGACUGCGUCAUACUGUUUGUGUAGUUGCUGUUCACUCUUACUGCCUCAUGGGAGGAGAGCAGGAUAAAGUUUACUCAAGAGGACCAAUAAGAAAAUAAGAAAAUUAAUUGAAGAUCAUAAUGCCUCCCAAGAAAAAAAGUCACGCUGCAGUUGAGGUUGAUGAUGUUGGGAUGGAAGUUGAUGCAGUGUCAGAGGAUGAUAGUGAAGAGGAGGCCAGGAGAAAAACUAAAAACAGAAGAGCCAAAGCCCAACGCAAACCCAAACGGGUUAGUGACGACGAGGAGGAGGAAGAAGAAGAGGACGAGGCACCGAAGAGGAAGGCGCGAAAAAAGAAACGCAAACCACAGGACAGUGAUGAAGAAGAAGACGAGGAAGAUAACAGGAGUGUGAAAAGCAAAAGUUCAAAAGCCUCGAGGAAAAAAGCUGCUAAGGAGGAGAGUGAUGAGGAGAGCGAAGAUGACAAAAAGAAGAAGAAAAAUGGAGGCAAGGCUGUGUCCAAAAAGGGCAAAGAAGAACAGAAUGAUAAGAAGAAGGGAAAUGCUAAAGGGAGUGGAGGGAAGAAUAAAGGUGGAGAGAAGGACAAGAAAAAGAAGAAUGGGAACAGCUCUUCUUCCUCUGAUGAUGAUGAAGAAUCUAUGUCGGAGGGAGAGAUGGCAGCCUUGAAGGAAGAGGUAGAAGAGAAAAAGAAACUGAUUGCUACAUUAAGAAACAAACCAUGGCGCAUGCAGAGGAGACUCAUUCAACUCAAGGAGGCUCAGGAGUUUGUUGAAAAGUUUGAAGGAGCUCUGGGAAAAGGCAAAGGCAGGAAAUGGUAUGCAUAUAAAGUCAUGAUGACCAAGAAACUUAUCAAGUUUAAACGUGACUUUGAGAACUUCAAAACUGCCUGUAUACCGUGGGAGAGGAAGAUAAAAGAAGUAGAAAGCCACUUUGGAUCAUCUGUGGCAUCCUACUUCAUCUUCCUGCGGUGGAUGUAUGGCCUGAAUCUGGUCCUGUUUGGGUUCAUGUUUGGUCUCGUGGUGCUGCCUGAGAUCCUUAUGGGUCUUCCUUAUGGGUCUCUCCCCCGGAAGACUGUGCCCCGAGAAGAACAGGCAACAGCUAUGGACUACGCUGUUCUUUUUGACUUUAAUGGAUACUGCAAAUACUCCUUUCUGUUCUACGGGUUCUACAACAGUGACCGAAUGAUAGGGGUGUUGAAGUUCAGAUUGCCCCUGUCGUACCUACUGGUGGGUGUUGGGAUUUUUGGAUACAGCCUGAUGGUUGUUAUUAGAACGAUGGCUCGAAACGCAAAUGAAGGUGGAGAUGGAGCGGAAGAAGGCCAGUUUACCUUCAGCUGGAAAAUGUUCACCAGCUGGGAUUAUCUGAUUGGAAACCCUGAGACUGCAGACAAUAAAUAUGCCUCCAUUACCACCAGCUUCAAGGAAUCAAUUGUGGAUGAACAGGAAAACCAAAAAGAUGAGAACAUACAUCUCCGUCGGUUUCUUAGAGUUCUGGCAAACUUUCUGAUCCUGUGCAGCCUUGGAGGCAGUGGAUUCCUCAUCUACUUUGUAGUGAAACGUUCUCAGGACUUUGCUGAGAGGGAUAACGAUGAGCUUUCGUGGUUUGAAAAGAAUGAAGUUGAGUUUGUGAUGUCUCUUCUGGGGCUGGUGUGUCCUCCUCUGUUUGAAACCAUCGCUGAGCUGGAGGAUUAUCACCCACGUAUUGCUCUUAAGUGGCAGCUGGGACGCAUCUUUGCCUUGUUUUUGGGAAACCUUUACACCUUCCUUUUUGCCCUGUUUGAUGAAGUCACUGCAAAGUUGGAGAAAGAGAAGUCCAUCAAAAAUGAGACAAUAUGGGCGCUGAAUGCGUACUAUGCCAACUACAGCUCCUUCUACAACACUACAGAUGUGCCUCCUCCAGAUGUGCACCCAGCCGACGUCAUCAGAGGACCCUGCUGGGAAACUGGAGUGGGAAUAGAAUUUGUCAAGCUGAUUGUGUCUGACAUGCAAGUAACCUACUUGACCAUCCUGAUUGGUGACUUUGUAAGAGCGGUCAUUGUCCGUUUUCUCAACUACUGCUGGUGCUGGGAUCUGGAGGCUGGAUUUCCUUCGUACGGAGAGUUUGACAUCAGCGGCAAUGUGCUGGGACUUAUCUUCAAUCAAGGAAUGAUAUGGAUGGGAGCGUUUUAUGCUCCAGGUCUGGUGGGUCUGAAUGUUCUGCGUCUCCUGACCUCCAUGUAUUACCAGUGCUGGGCUGUGAUGUCCUGUAACGUCCCUCAUGAGCGAGUCUUCAAAGCCUCCCGCUCUAAUAACUUCUACAUGGGCCUAUUGCUGCUUGUCCUUUUCCUCAGUCUACUGCCUGUCGUCUACACCAUCAUGACUUUGCCACCGUCCUUUGACUGUGGGCCAUUUAGUGGCCAGGAAAAGAUGUAUGACGUGGUAAUGGAGACUAUAGAAAAUGAUCUACCUUCCUUCAUAGGAAACAUAUUUACAUAUGCAACCAACCCUGGACUCAUCAUGCCUGCAGUUCUUCUCAUGGUGUUGGCCAUCUACUAUCUGAAUGCAGUGUCUAAAGGCUAUCAACAAGCAAACUUGGACCUGAAGAGAAAAAUGCAGAUGGCCCGAGAUGAGGAGAAGAACCGCAGGAACAACAAGGACAGCACCAACCAAGUGAUGAAAGACCUGGAGGCGCUACUUCCAAACAAAUCUUUGAUACCGCCUCCCACCGAAGAAGAUGAGCUAGAAGUACCUGAUGUUGUGGUUGAAAAGAGCAGCAAGUCUCCAAAAAUAAAGCCAGGUGCAGUUGCAAAUGGGAAAGGAGUAAAUCUGCAAAAGGAAGUAUCACUGGCUGCCUCAAACCCCAGAGGUCCAGUGACCCGUGCCCCAGGACCAAGAGGGGGAAAUGCACGGGGGCCUCAGCCUGGGCCUGAGAAAGGCCGAGGUCGGUCUGCAAGAUAAGAGCUGCGAUUCAUGGACUUAAAGACACACGAUACUUAAAACUCACCACAGACAACCUGGGGAGGGGAGACUGCCACAGGAAUAAUUAUUCCAUUGUUAAAUGUUGAUAUCUAGUACGAAUCAGGGUUUCUGCAGGUUUAAACAAAUCAAAUUUGACAUUUUUCACUAUUCUGAAUAUAAUACAAGAACUGUUUUACAUUCACUAGCCCUAGAGCUGAACUUUGUUGAUGUUCGUAGUGUGAAAACAGAACAAUAUUAUGUGAUAGCACAUGUUUCCUGGUGACUUUUUUUGAAUGAAAGCCUUGUUUUUCCAAUUUCCUGUGCCACUAUACUUUAUAUGCAGUGUUCCUAAUUUGAGCCUUGGGGUUCAUGUUCAUCAGUUUUAACUUAGCACUUAAUCCAAUCAACUUUAAGACUGGUUAAAAGCACAUUAGAAUCACAUUAUUGGAUUUGUUUUGGACCUGCAGAAUCUCUGCUAAAUGUAUUACUCAAUUAUUCACCAGUGAUAAAAACAAAAUGAAUGCAAUGGCAGUCAAACCCUCCUCUCAAACUUUAAUGUGUAAAAAUGGACAAGAAAGAACCUGCAGUCUUUGCUAAACAAAAGCACAGCUGUUAACCUGCUGUAACACUGAUGAAUAGAAAGAAAAUCAUCAUGUUUACGGUAUUGAAAUCAGUUUACUGGUUAUGAAUAUGGGUCAACAGAUUCAUUGAUUUCAUUUGGAAAUCCCUGUGAAUAAUUUGUAAAAUGUAUUACUGCUUUUUGUACAAGGUCUAUUAAAAUAUUUAUUUCUGUCAUCAAAGUGCUAUUCUUGAUUUUACAUC